AUGUUCAAACACACCGUGCCGGUCUCAGUUAUGGGCCUGGGAAUAGCCAGCUACUUCUGGGGAAGAUCCUCGCCAUCAGGUUCUGCGAAUGCCUCGCCGGGGGGUAUCGUCUUUCCUCCCCCAGACAAGGAAAGAGGCAAUACGGGGAUCUCUUCCAAAAAAACUCCUACACAAAUCACCGGGCCCGAGACGGUUCAACCCGCAGACUUCUUUAAAUACGGGUUUCCAGGGCCAGUUCACGAUCUCGAAAAACGCAGUGAGUUCGUUUCUUGCUACGAUCGUCAGAAGAGAAAUCCAUAUUACGUCAUUGAACACAUUACUCCCGAAUCCUUGCAAAAAAAUGAAUCUAACGGAAACAGGAAACACAGUGUGUUUAGAGAAGACGAACAGGUGCCGGAGAAGUUCCGUGCUAGACUGAGAGAUUACUUCCGGUCUGGCUACGAUAGAGGUCACCAGGCUCCGGCUGCAGACGCGAAGUUCUCACAAGAAGCCAUGGAUGAGACAUUCUAUCUCACCAACAUGUCGCCCCAAGUUGGUGACGGCUUCAACAGAGAUUACUGGGCUUUCUUCGAGGACUUCUGCAGGAGACUCACUUCGCGGUAUAGAAGUGUGAGAAUUGUUACUGGUCCUCUUUACUUACCGAAGCAGGAUCCUCUUGAUGGAAAGUUCAAGGUUACGUAUGAGGUUAUUGGCAAUCCACCCUCCAUUGCUGUUCCUACGCACUUCUUCAAGCUGAUCGUCGCGGAGACACCUCUCAAGGGCCCUCAAUCUGGGAGCAAUGGAGUUGCAGUUGCAGCUUUUGUUUUGCCUAAUGAUGUGAUUUCUAAUACCACUCCUUUGAGAUCGUUUGAGGUUCCAGUUGAGGCGUUAGAGAGGUCUUCGGGACUGGAGUUCUUGCAGAGGGUUCCUGCUAGCGAGAAGAGGCAGUUGUGCCUUGAGACAGAUUGCAGUAUUAUAGUGAAGGAGUAUAACAAUGCGGUUAAAUCUUUGCCAGCUCCGAAGAAUUGA